UUGCAUAUCACUGCAUUUUAUUUUGAUUUAUACUCUGCACAGUGUCCCAACUUGGAAAUGGGGUUGUAGAUGCUGUACUCAUGAUAUGAAGCACUGUGACUUUAAAAUAGUAUAAUAUUUAUCAACAUGUUAUUUAAGUGCAUUUGCUUGCCAUUUGUAUUUAGUUAGUAAUUGUUUUUUUGUAUUUCAUUUCAUUGUGUUUUAUUGGUGACAACAUUUGCUUUGUGAUUUAUCACAUGUUUGACUUUGGAGCUUUAGCGUUUUAUUUGAGACCAAAAGUCAAGUCAAGUCAGCUAUAUUGUCAAUACUACAAUAUGUACAGGACAAACAGGGCACUGAAAUUGUGUUACUCACAUUAUAUAGACAGUAAAUGGGAAAAAUGGGAGAUUUAAAUAGAGUUGAAUCUCAACAAGAGAGGAAUAUAGCAGAACAAUCCUUAUUCAGUACUUAAGCAGUUUACCUACUGAUACUUUUGUAUGGCUACUCAAGACUCAAGGUGCCUUUACUUCUUUCAUUAUUUUACCCAAGUAUCAAUACUAUUAGGCUGCUCUCCCCACUUCCGCAUCGAUUAUAUCUGAGCCUGGUUGACAGUUCUGAAAUCUUGUGCCAGAGAGUUUUACUCUUCCUCCAUCACCAAGGCUUUGCUGUUGCACAGUGAGUGUGGGUUAGCUUUGGUAACAGCUCCGCUCUGUGGUUCAACUUCUUAGAAUGUAUGAUAUCCUUUUUCAAAUCCGGAGGAAACAGUGUGUUUUUAAUUAACCCAUGAAACCCUAAGGAUCCGUGCAUGGGCUCACACUUGAACUCCUCUCUCAUAACUACUUAACGUACAUAUUAGUGUCAUAUAAAUUACUGCAUCUUUUUUUGAAGUCACUAAAUGAAAUGUUGUAAAAAUGAAAAACUGAAUAUGAAUUGUACUGUUCUUUAUGCCUGUCAAUGCCCCAAAGGAGACUUUGUCUUUCUCCACAAAAUGAGGUACUAAAGAAUCUAGAACAUGUAGUUGUUAAAAAAAACUGCUGGUUUGCGUUUCGCAGAGGAAACUGUGACCACAGAGGUGCCUCAGCUCAUGCGCUUCACUGCAGGCGGUAUGAGGCGGAAUAAUCGCCUCAAUGCUCACAGAGAAGAUGCAUGUUCUACAGCGUGGGAUGACAUCUGUAAGUUGUUGCUGUCUGCUCUGCUCUGUGUGGACGCUUCUGCGUCUUCUCUCAGCUGUGAAGACAGAAAGCGCUGCAGUGAACACGACGGUUCUUCGGGGAAAGAGCACUACAGUUAACUGUGAUUAUAACAAAACAAGCGAAAAGGUUUUUUUUACAGCAGCUUUGAGCAGAGAACGUUCACUGUGCUCGUAUAUAUAUCAGCAUAAAUCCUGGACAAAGCGACCGUGUGAAGACAACAUCAGAUUUAUUUGGACUCCAGAAACAAAGGAAAUGUCAUUUGAGCUGUUGAAUCUUCAGAUAAAUGAUUCGGGUGUCUAUACGUGUGUGGUGGAGAGACAAGUACCCCCUCCUGUUCAGCAACUGGGAAUUCAGACAGCAUUCGUUCGUGUGAUCGCUCGUCCGGCUGUGUCUACCUCAUGUGUGACGGGGUCAGAUGGAGCUCCCACAAUGCUUUGCAGUUCUGAGGGGUUUUAUCCUGCUGCUCUGGAGCAGGUCUGGAUCAGAGAUGGAGAAAGUAUCACCUCCCCGAACUCUUCACUCAUAAACCGAGAGCAUCUGAACUCUUCUGACGCUCGGUGGAGCUCCAGCAACAACACAGACGGAUCUUACAGCCUCACAUCCUUCCUUCACCUGCCACCCACACCUGAACAGGUGAUGUACCACUGCUGGGUGAAUCACUCGUCCCUCAACCAGCCGAUCACUGUUAACAUCUCCCCCACUGAGUGCUAUGGGAAAAACAAGCAGCACAUAAAUGAGGUUAUAAUAGGGACAGGCAUCAGCAGUGCUGUGUUCACUGGCAUUGUCUUCUUCGUAGCAGUGCACUGUCACCGCCUCAGAAGAAAAAAGACAUGCCCACAGUCUCCAGUAGGAAGGCCUCUCUUACCUGAGCCUGAGCCAAACGGUCAACUGCAGACUGCCGUGUACUCAACACUGGGGAGCCAUCGACCAGUCCCAUGCAGGAACAACAGCAGCCGUAGCUGCUCACUACAGCAAACACUAAACCAUCACACAACUCAAAAUGCCUGAAUGAGUCAGUGACUGAAAACAAAUCAUAUCUAUCUUUACAAAUAACUAUAGUUAAGUACGUGGAGGAUGCUACAUCUUUAGGUAUACAAUUUAAAAGCUACGUUUACUUUACUGGAAGUGUAAAAUGUAUGUUUAGAUGGAAAUGUUACUGUAGAAAGAACUACAAUUACACUGCAAAUAUGCAUAAAAUGCUUUUCUUUGUGAUUCUUUAAAGACUGUGAUGUGUCUUCCAGCCCUUCUAUAAUCUGAAUCUCCUGUAGUCUCCUGUAUGGAGUACUGGAGAACCCACUGUCUGCUCCUUAUAAAUGUAAAAUAAAACUGGAAAAAUAACAAUUCAGUAAA